CUCUCUCUCUCUCUCUCGUCUAUAAUUCCGUGCUGGGUUUUAAUCCCAAGAAGACUGAAAAGAGAACCAUUGAGCGUGUGAAGGCUAAGGAAACGGGGGGGAAAUAAAAGAUCAUAAAUGAAGGAAAAGUAUAAUACCAUACAUGUCUUUUGAAUUUAAUUUUCUUUUUUCCAGAAAAAGGGAAGAAAUCAAUUUCGCUUUUAGUGAUAGAUUUUUUUUUGGGGGGUAUGAACAGCAAAGACUUUCUCCUUUGUGUCUUUGCCGUUCCAUAAAGGGCCAAACCAAACCAAACUAAAAUCAAACACCCUAAUCUCUCAGCACUCAUGGGUUUCACUUCUUCCAACAACAAAGAUGACGAUACCAAAGAAGAGGGAGAGAGUCAGGAGCUUGAACUUGAGCUUCAACUAGGUCCCAGAUCAGGAAAGAAGCCUAGAUCUACUUCUGUUGCCUCAUCUUCAUCUUCGUCGUCUUCUUCGUCUUCACUUUUGCAGUUGCAGUUAGGAUUAGGAUUAGGAUUAGGGUUAGGGUUUGAUAAUGGCGAUAUCGGAGAGGGUUCUGUGGUGGCUUCUGGUAAUUAUCAUGAUCAUCAUGUACCUUCUGGUCUUCCUGUGCAAAGUGAGGACUUGCACCUGCAGCCCACCAGAGUGGAGACGAAUGGUGUGUGGUUUGCUCUUUUUUCUGCGCCUAAUCGGGAAGGAGAGAUGCUGCCUCAAAUAUCGAGGGCGUAUAUUAGAGUGAAAGAUGAGGAGGCGACGGUUUUGUUGGUGAAGCUUUACCUGGCUAAAAAGCUUGGGCUCAGAACUGAAGCUGGGAUAGAAAUUUUAUGCAUGGGACAUCCAUUGUUGAAUGGCUCAAUGAAACUUACAUAUGUGCGCGAUUUCAUAUGGCGUCCUAGAAUACUGGCUCGGUCUUUAAGUGCAAUUGCAUCGGGGAAUGAUGGAAAUGAUCCCGCUCAAUAUUAUUUAAUGCGCCUGAGUUACAGUUUGACCUAGUACCUUCCCAAUCCUCUCUCUUUUUUUGUUGCUGCAACUUGUAAUAAAUGCAUACCAAUUAGAGGAUUUAUAUAUUACUACAACUGUUUUUUGUA